CAUCAUCGUCCACCAAUGAAACGUUCUCUCCUUACUCUGUUUCUCUUCCCAGAUGCUCCUUGGGGAAAAAGAAGCUCAAUCCAACUUAUUCCUCCCAAUCUCCGAGAAGGGUUUUGAUAAAUUCUGGAGAUUUUGUCGAUCGCAAAGCAGAUAAGUGAGGAUUCAAAUGGGUUGUGUAUCGGGUCAAACCCGAAUCGCAAUGAUGAACCUUUCGGUCUCGUCAGCUGAGAAGAACCCUAAGUUUCGCUCGUCGCUUCUCAAUUCUAAGAGCUCAGUUUCAGAUAGUUAUGAAGUCUCUUCCAAAUGCAGUACAUUCUUCAGGGGGCAAUUUCAAAGAAUACAUUUUUCUUGCCUUCACCACGCUCGACCUCUGAGAAAACGAACAGUGUUUGGUCACGUGAGCUGCGUCAUGCCGUUGACGGAAGAUAACGUGGAGAGAGUGCUAGACGAAGUACGGCCGUCGCUAAUGGCCGACGGAGGAAACGUGGCGCUGCACGAAAUCGACGGACUUGUGGUGGUUCUAAAGCUGCAAGGAGCUUGUGGCUCGUGUCCUAGCUCAUCAAUGACGUUGAAGAUGGGGAUAGAGAGUCGUCUACGGGACAAGAUUCCAGAAAUCAUGUCCGUUGAGCAGUUUCUUGAAUCAGAGACAGGGUUAGAGCUGAAUGAUGAGAACGUCGAAAAGGUUCUGUCUGAGUUACGGCCGUACCUAUCCGGCACUGGAGGUGGGGGGCUUGAGUUGGUAGAGAUAGAUGGUUACGUGGUCAAGGUUAGGCUCACUGGACCAGCUGCUGGAGUCAUGACUGUUCGUGUUGCAUUGACUCAAAAACUGAGGGAAACGAUCCCAUCCAUAGGUGCAGUCCAGCUUCUAGAGUGACGUACACCUUUUACAUUUUGUAACUUCUGUUCUCAUCUUUUACAAAGCCUAUUUUUGAUUCAAUAUAAUUUUGAAAUUAAUGAGCAUAGCUAGAUUGUUGGCUUCGUUUUGAUGCACCAAGCUUAAUUUCUCGAUAAAACAAAACAUUUCAAAGCUUUAUUUAUACACUUGUGUAAAGGAGCUCAUCGAGAAAUAGAACUCAAUAGAAUAUGAACUUGUAAA